AGUGUAAAAAAUUUACAGUUAAAGUGUGAAAAGUUGUGCCGCAGCGCUGAAUGCAAGCGUGUGGAGCGGCGAGCAGCGUAAUUGGGGCAGCAGCAGCAGCAGCAUUAACGGCAGCCAGGAAUUCGCGACACUAGUGGUGCCACAUAGAUGAUAUGUUAAACGCUGGUGACCAGCUACAGCGCCUAUGUCCACAAGAUGAACUACUACUGUUAGCGGUAACAUACAAAUGCAGCAACAAUAUUUUAUUAUCACACGCAGGCGGCACAUUGAAACUGCAUAUCGCGACGGGAGCGUACAACAAUAACAACUGAAAGGUUUGCAAUAGAAGCAACAAGAAUUAAAAACAAAACCAAAAUCAAAUCACAUAUCUCCAUAUACAACAUUACAACAACACACAACACAAGCAAUAUAACGUUAAUAGCAUACUUAUAGAAUAACUGUAGUUAAAGUGAUCCACACUCUAAGAUAUUUCGACUUAAGAUCACACACGCACACGGACACACACGCACACAUAAACACAAAUACAUACCAAGGCACACACGUAAAUAUAUACGGUUUUUAUGAGGCACCAACAGACACGCACCUAUCAAAGCCCCCAAAUGAAAUUCAUACCUAAAAAUAUGCACUACUCGCAUGCAGCUAUGAAUCUGAUAAAUAUGGAUUCGGAAAAUCGGGUCGUGCUGAAUGUGGGCGGCAUUCGGCACGAAACGUAUAAGGCUACAUUGAAGAAAAUACCCGCCACCAGAUUGUCACGCCUCACCGAGGCGUUAGCCAACUAUGAUCCCAUAUUGAAUGAGUAUUUCUUCGAUCGGCAUCCGGGAGUCUUUGCUCAAGUACUUAAUUACUAUAGAACCGGCAAGCUGCACUAUCCUACAGACGUUUGUGGGCCACUGUUCGAGGAGGAGCUCGAGUUCUGGGGCUUAGAUUCGAAUCAGGUCGAGCCAUGCUGUUGGAUGACAUACACGCAGCACAGAGACACACAAGAGACAUUAGCGGUAUUAGAUCGUCUGGAUUUAGAUACAGAAAAACCGUCCGAAGAGGAAUUGGCACGCAAAUUCGGUUUCGAAGAGGACUACUACAAGGGCACACUGUCGUGGUGGCAAGAAAUGAAGCCGCGCAUCUGGUCGCUCUUCGACGAGCCAUACAGUUCGAAUGCGGCCAAGACAAUCGGCGUAGUUUCGGUAUUCUUCAUUUGUGUAUCCAUAUUAUCAUUCUGCCUGAAAACACAUCCCGAUAUGCGUGUGCCAUACCUCGUUAAUACAUCGGUGAAUACAUCCAGCGGUAAUAUGGCUUGGUAUAUCGAUAAACCACAAACAAAUGCACAUAUAGCUUUCUUUUAUAUCGAGUGUGUUUGUAAUGCCUGGUUCACGUUCGAAAUACUGGUUAGAUUCAUAUCCUCGCCAAAUAAAUGUGAAUUCAUAAAGUCAUCUGUUAACAUCAUAGAUUAUAUAGCAACGCUUAGUUUUUAUAUCGAUCUUGUGCUUCAACGGUUCGCCUCUCAUUUAGAGAACGCCGAUAUUUUAGAAUUCUUCUCAAUUAUACGUAUUAUGCGUCUAUUUAAAUUGACGCGUCAUUCGUCCGGCCUUAAAAUUCUGAUACAAACGUUUCGUGCAUCGGCAAAAGAGCUCACGCUGCUGGUGUUUUUCCUCGUAUUGGGCAUUGUGAUUUUCGCAAGCCUAGUUUACUAUGCGGAACGUAUACAACCGAAUCCGCAUAAUGAUUUUAAUAGUAUCCCGUUGGGUCUAUGGUGGGCACUGGUCACGAUGACCACCGUCGGUUAUGGUGAUAUGGUGCCGAAGACCUAUAUUGGCAUGUUUGUGGGCGCCUUGUGUGCGCUUGCCGGUGUGCUAACGAUCGCACUGCCCGUACCCGUCAUUGUGAGCAACUUUGCCAUGUACUACUCGCAUACGCAAGCACGAGCCAAACUGCCGAAGAAACGGAGAAGAGUGCUUCCGGUUGAACAGCCCCGUCCACCAAGAUUGCCAGGUCAAACGGGCGGCGUUAGUGGUUGCGGUACACCCGGUUCCGGUCCCCAUUCCGGGCCAAUGGGAUCUGGCGGUACCGGUCCGCGGCGCAUGAAUAACAAAGCGAAGGAUUUGGUCAGUCCAAAGUCAGGUCCUAUCGGCGCCAGCAUUGUGGCGAUGAGUCCGCGCACUAUGUUGGACUUGAAUCCGGCAUUGGCGAUGAGCAAACCGACUUUCGAAUCAAAAGGUCCACCAAUCACCAGCAAGGAUAUCAAGGAUACGGCAAACAUGCGCAAUCCACUGGAUGGCGGUGGCAAGAAGAACUUUUUAUAGACGUAGUAUUUGUAUAAAAAGUCGUGAAGAAAUCAAUGAAAACAAAACACUAACAAAUAAUUGAAAAACUAGUAAAUAAAAGUUAUUAUGAAAAAUUAUAUGCGAAAGUCAAGUGAACAUAUGAAACUGUUUGAGAGUGAGAAGCAAACAAAAAAAAAAAAAACAAAAAAAGGCGUAAAAAGAUAGUAAAAAUAUAGUAGAAAGGGUAACAAAAAAGGUAAUAGAGAAGUGAGUUGGAAAAGAAGGAGAAAAGUUUGUAGAAACGGAAGGAGAAAAGGUUGUGGCGAAGUUAGCAAAAAAGUGGUAGAAAGCGUGUCAGAAAACGGAGUAAAGGAGGUAGUAGCUUAGGAAAAAAGCGGCGAAGCGUGAAUUGUACCAAACCAAAAUGCAUUUUAACUAAUUGAGUAAUUAAUUUAUAUACUACUUAGCUAAAAAAUAAAUAAAUAAAUAAUAAUGUAUGAAAAGAAUUGAGCCGAAACCCCCGCACAAUGCGGGAAGCCUACUAGUUAUUUCUAAUAUACAUAUAUGCAUACAUACAUAUAUACAUUAAAUAGCAAAUCCUAAUAGCCUAAAUAUUUCUAACCAACUGCAUACAUAUUUACAUAUACAUAUUUACCCACUACAAGCAUAACUUAUACUACUACAUACAUACUAUGGAUUUACCCAACAUAUUACCUACUACUUAUCUAAAGCAUAUACCAACAAAAAGUACAUACCUGCAUACAUAUUUAUAACCUAAACGAAACCAAAAUGACGCUUUUAUGCCACACAAAUUAUGAUUGAAGAGAAGAGUUAGAAAUGUUGCUAAUUGCAGCUACUUUAUGAAAAAAGUAAAUUUAGGAAGAGUACUAAAAAUUUCAACGCUCAACUCAACGCUUCAAUAAACGCAGUUUAAAGAAGCCUACAUAUGUUUGAUUGGUGCAACGGUAUAUAAUUAUGAAAAUUCCAAGUAAUUAGAAACAGAAAAUAUUAUACAUAGUAUAUAUUUUAAAAGAAUUUUUUUUUUUGAAUACGAAAAACGAAACAGGGUGUCACAAAAUGAAAAUAAAGGAUGUCGCGUUAGUUUUUUUUUUCAAGUCAAACAAUUUUACAUUUAUUCUAAAUUAUUUUUAACUAAAUUUGCUGUUAAAAAAAGAUAGUAGAAAAUGUA